UUGUGGCGGCUGCAGCGGCGCAGCUCGGACUGCAGGAAGAAAGUUUUCUGGAGCAGCAGAAACAACCGGAGCAACAGUGCAGCGACAAGACAGAAAAAAAAAAAAGCAAUAAAUUCCCCCCCACUGUGAUCGGAUAGAAAGGAAAGAGAAAGAGUCUGCGGAGGGAAAAAGUGGAGUACGCAGCGCAGGAGCGCGUUUGGAUCCGCCUGAGAGCGCAUUCCAGCGCAGGGAAAUGAGCCUGUGUGACGGACUGAGCGCUCUCUCACCCCGGCCUGCCUCUCCCGGCUGCUUCCACUGACAAAAGAGGUGGCAAAACACAAGGAAAGUGCUCAUUCGGAAAGAAAGUCUCCGGAUCCAGCAUGGAGGAGGGAUACGAACUGGACCUCACCUACAUCACAGAGCGCAUCAUAGCGGUGUCCUUCCCGCGGGGCUGCUCGGAGGAGAUCUACUCGCACAACCUGAAGGACGUGACGCGAAUGCUCAAGUCCAAGCAUGCGGAUAAUUACCUGAUCAUCAACCUGUCAGAAAAAAGGCAUGAUCUUACCAAGAUGAACCCCAAGACUCUGGAUACUGGCUGGCCAGACCAGCACGCUCCACCACUGGAUAAGAUCUGCACCAUCUGCAAGGCCAUGGAGAGCUGGCUCAACGCUGACCCUCUACAUGUGGUCGUGAUCCACUGCAGGGGUGGCAAGGGUCGAGUUGGAGUUGUCAUUUCAUCUUUUGUGCAUUUCACUGACGUAUCAGCCAGUGCUGAUCAGGCACUGGACCGCUUCGCCAUGAGGAAAUACUACGAUGAUAAGGUCUCAGCUCUGAUGACACCCUCGCAGAAGCGGUACGUCUGGAUCCUCAACAGUUUACUGAGCGGCUCCAUGAAGAUCAACGCCUCCCCCUUGUUCCUGCACUGCGUCAUCCUUCAUGGGAUCCCAAACUUUGACGCCACCAGAGUGUGCCGUCCGUACAUCAAGGUCUACCAGGGCAUGCAAGCCGUGUACUCAUCUGGAGUGUAUCACAUCGGUCCGAGCCACAGAGAUCGUGUGUGCAUCACCCUGGAGCCUGCACAGCUUCUCAAAGGCGACAUCAUGAUUAAAUGCUACCACAAAAGUGAUGUGACUUCGGAGCGUGAGGUGAUCUUCCGGCUCCAGUUCCACACGGGAGCGGUGCAGGGUUACAACCUGAUGUUUGAAAAGGAGGACAUGGAGGCUGCCAACAAAGAUUCCAGAUUCCCAGACUAUGGAAAAGUGGAGCUGGUGUUCUCCGAGGGACCAGAGAGAAUCCCAGGUGCUGACAGGUGGCAGAACGGAGCCGACGUCAUUGUGGACUACAACACGGCGGACCCUCUGACCCGCUGGGACUCGUACCAGAACAUCUGCGAUGGGGAAGCACCUCGCUCUCAAGGCCUAGCGCAGGAACAAGCGGCCAACAAGAGGAGCCCCAACAGCGGAGGAGGAGGAGGAGGAGGAGGAGAGGCCACGUUGGGUCGAGGAGCCCGCACCACCUCUGCCACCUCCAGUCCAGACCACAGUGACCACGCCCUGUCGGUCAGCAGCGACUCGGGCCUGUCCAGCACCUCACUGUGGGCAGACAGACCCACACCUGUCACCACUGCUACCACCAACACCGCCACCGCCACCAUCAGGGCCAACCAGGGCCCCAGUCAGCAGGAGAAGGUCCAGCUGAAGCGCCUCCUGAGCGGGUUUGGUCUGGAGGAUCCCUCCCUGGAGGAGAUGGAUCAUCAGGCGACCCGUGUGGGUGUCCAGCAGGUUGUCCCGGCGCAGGUGCAUAUCAACGGAGAGCCCCGGCCUCGAGAGAGGGAGACGGACAUCCUCGACGACGAGGUCAUCACAGGUCACGAUCUGCACAGCGUGGACAGUUUGGGGACUUUGUCGUCCUCGUGCCACAAAAGCAGCCAGAACUCUCUGCUGUCCGACGGCUUUGGGAGUCCUGGUGGAGAGGAGCAGUCUCACCAGCAGAGCCCGAACCAGCACCACCUCCAUCACCACGCUGCACCUCCUCCCAUUGAGGAAUACGAUCGGUCCUACGCUGAGGCCAGGAGGGGUUUUCUGAGCUCCAGAAGCAACUCCGUGGCUACCUCUAACCCAGCCGGCGUUCCACCACCCAAGCAGCAUGUCUACAGACAAGGGAGCUACUCCACGCAGUCCUGGGUCCGCCAGCAGCAGAUGGUUGCCGCUCAGCAAUUCAUCUACAUGCCCGAUGAUGGGAACGAUACCGAGAGAUACCCUGGAAGCAAGCAGCGGAGCAGUUCAACCAAAGUGGGGCUGUCUACUGAUCCACAGGUCCAGAGCAAGGACCCAGCAGCAGAUGCUGUAAGAAACACUGCGCCUCUUGAAAAACAGGCGAUGGUCAACAAUAAUAACAACAACAAGCGGGACGAGGAGUUCAAAUCUCUAACGAAAGACAUCGACAACUCCAUUGACCAGCUCAAUCAGCUGAUCAUGGACCUGGACCCCACCUUCAUGUCAAACCACGGUGGCUCCAUUAAGAGGAACGGUGGGACGCACGUCAACGGCUCGGUCGUCAAGUGCUCGAACGGCAUCGGUCGUAGAUUCGACGAUAAUAAUGGAGCUCCCCUGAAAAGCACACAGCAGCACACAGCUGUCCAGUCCACUGAGGGCCGAGUGGGGGUCUCACGAAGUAUAAACAGCCAAGGGAGGGACAUCAUGGAUCACCCAGGCUUCUGUAACUCUGGGUGGGGUGAGUCCGAGGAGUACAGGGGCCAGCGGACGUACUCGCCAUGUGUGCCCCAGUCCCAGCACUCCAUACUGUUCAGAAGUGACAGUGCAGACUACAGAGCCCAGUGUCCGGAUGUGGACAGUGGCGUGGAGGCGGGCAGUGACAUGACUCCGCCCACUCCCGCUUUCCCCAUCUCUCCACCAACACCUUACGUGAAAACCAUGGCGGAAUUCACUCAGCUCCGGUCAGCUUCCAGCGGUGUUCAGUCGUACGGACAGUACAGAACAGACCACGUCUCUCAUGCAGAUCCUCGGGAAUAUCCGGAGGUCAGUCAUGUUGGGGUGGAGGGUUCUACGGACCCCGUCAGCUGUCACCGGACCCUCGUGCACACACACUCUGCCUCCGUCGCUGGGACGCUUCAACAGACAGACAGCUCAUCCAUGACCCAGCCGUGGCCAGCAGAGCAUCCCGUCCUGACCCGCCACUCGUCCCUGAGCGGCUACACCUCUGCCAGACCGCCGCCGCCGCACACCCUGGACUACAGCCAGCACUCCCCUCCCCUGCACCACCCCCACAUCCACCCCGCCCCCAACGCCCACAGCUCCCCCCGGAGCAGCCAGCGGAGCCGCAUGGCCCGCUACGCCCUGAGCCGCAGCCCCGGCGUGAGCUUCCACGACCAGGACGACUCCGGCCUCGGCUACGGCACGGACUGCCCCGGCAUGGGCAUGGACAGGGAUCUCUUAGCCCCCGCGGACGGGGGGCAGCACCGGACGCAGACCCCGCUGCUUCAACCCCCGCUCCUGCCUGAGAAGAAGAGGGCGUCGGACGGGGAGCAUUCGCUGGGGACGGCCUCUCCGGCGCUCAGCGGCUUCUCCAGUCCACACAGUGGGAGCUCUCUGAGUAUCCCGUUCCCCAACGUGCUGCCGGACCUGUCCUCUCAGAUACCCGGCACAGCCUCCCCCCUGCCAGAUGUACUGGCCAGCAAGCAGGUUACUGUAAAAUUUGUGCAGGACACAUCAAAAUUCUGGUACAAGCCGGACAUCUCCAGAGAUCAAGCUAUUUCAGUCUUGAAGGACAAGGAGCCGGGCUGCUUCAUCGUGCGGGACAGCCACUCCUUCAAGGGGGCGUACGGUCUUGCUAUGAAGGUAGCGACGCCGCCGCCAUCGGUCCUCCAACAAAGCAAGAAAGGAGGAGACUUCUCCAAUGAACUGGUUCGCCACUUCCUCAUUGAGUGCACACAGAAGGGUGUGAGGCUGAAGGGUUGCCCCAAUGAGCCCUAUUUCGGAAGCUUAACUGCUCUGGUCUGCCAGCAUUCAAUCACUCCUUUGGCUCUGCCCUGUAAACUCAUCAUACCUGAUCGAGAUCCUCUUGAAGAUGUUGUUGAGAAUACCACACAAUCGGUCACCAACUCUGCCGCUGAGCUGCUGAAACAGGGCGCAGCCUGUAACGUGUGGUACCUGGGUUCGGUGGAGAUGGAGUCGCUGACGGGCGUCCAGGCUGUGCAGAAAGCGACCAGCAUGACUCUGAGCUCCAGCCCUCCACCCACCUCCACCGUGGUCCAUUUCAAAGUUUCUUCUCAGGGAAUCACUCUCACUGACAACCAGAGGAAGCUCUUUUUCAGGCGGCAUUACAACGUCAACACAGUCAUAUUUUGUGCUCUGGACCCUCAAGAUAGAAAGUGGAAAAAAGACGGCUGCCCAUCAGCGAAGAUCUUCGGCUUCGUGGCCAGGAAAACCGGCACCUCCACAGACAACAUCUGCCACCUGUUUGCGGAGCACGACCCCGAGCAGCCCGCCAGCGCCAUCGUCAACUUCGUGUCCAAGGUGAUGAUCGGCUCGCAGAAGAGUAAGUGACGAACGGCCGGAGCGUAAGAGACAGCGGAGCCUGGAGGUCAUGACGAUCUGGACUCAAACUGGAUGUUAUACACACACACACACACACACGGGGCGCUCGAUCAGUGGCAUCUUUAACUAUACACCUCCUCUUAUUCUUUAUUCUAAUGUAUUUCUAUUUACAUCAUGAACUGCAGAUGAAAAAAAAACAUAAGAAAUGUGUAUUUCUAGUUGUUUAAAACUGUAACUUCUCAUACAGGUAGAUUAUAAUGAUUACCAGUAUAUUUUGAGUAUGUAAUACAAAAGCUGCUUUUCUUACUAGUGCAUAGCAUUUUAAGGACAAAUCAAGAAUUUCUGUAUGUUGCUACAUGUGAUUUUUUUUCUCUUUUCUCGUAUUUAACCAAAACAAAUCUUUUUUUAAGCUUUGUAAAGUUCUGCAGCUACCCAGCAUGCACUGCUUCAGAGUGGAGUUAAAACCACGGAAAAGCAGUGCAGCAGAGGUAUAUAAAUAUAUAUAUAAUUUGAACUUUGGGACUGGCUGCACUGCAUGUUAUUAUAUUAUUUUAUCUAUGCAAUGUAAAUGUUGUUAAACUGUACGUGCGACUCGUUUUACCGUGUUUCAAUCAUCUCUGUUGUAAGGUGUUUUCCAGUAUGACCACUUUUGAUAAAAUGUGUGUGUGCGGGUGUGUGUGUGUGCAAAAGAGUGAAAUGAUAGAAAAUAUUUUAAGUAAACCCUAAUAUAUACUGACAUGAGCUGGUUAUAGGACGAGUGGUUGGGUUUCCACUUCAUCAAAGGCAUUUUCUGUUUUUUACUUUAUCUUCUUUUGUGGACUUAAAAAAAAAAAAACAUUUUAAAUAAGGCUGCUAUAUUAGACAUAAAGAAAACUUCCUUGUCGGAAUUGCACGAAUAAAUUUUUUUCACCGAGUCGUAUGUCAAUGACAUCUACACCUGAUCCGGGGAACAAAAUGUUGGUUGUUAGCUUGGAUUGUUGUACAUGAGACGAUGACUAAAGGAAAAUCAGUCAUUUGAACCUUUUUUUUUCUGUGUUUGAAUUAUAUCAAUGGAGGGACCUUCGACCCUCAUCAAGCUGUUUUUAUUCUCACUUUUUUGAUAUGACCUGUACCUCAUGUUUAUCUCUCACAUCCUCAUUCUGUGUUUGUACGACGCGCUACAUGUGAAGCCUUUAUUUGUGUAUGGACUGUUUGAUGUGCUCUGUAAAUAAAACCACAUGAAACCUUG